CUGCACUUCCCACGCGCGAACAAGGGCCAUCUCCGGCGUUGCUUCCUCUGUUGAGCUUCUACUCCUACUUACAAUUCGUCACUUGGCUUCUCCACCGGAAAAAAAGGUUGGAGACGUUCGUGCCGAAGCAGAUCAAAGAUGAUGGGUUCUGCAAAUUCUGGUGAUUUGUCAUCAGAGAUGGAAGUGGAUGCUUUUAGACGCCUUUUCCCUCUGCGCUUCCAUGAGCGUCAUCUACUUGAGUCAAUACGACCUGAUGCCAGGAUGCUUGGAAAAGCUAGAGAUACUACACUGGCUCUUGGAGCCGUUGCAUCUGCUGAUGGGUCAGCACUAGCAAAGAUUGGUUGCACCACAAUGCUGGCUGCCAUUAAAAUGGAAGUCAUGACCCCUACAGCAGAGUCACCAGAUAUGGGCUGCAUAGCUAUCGAUUUCCAUAUGCCUCCAAUUUGUUCUCCAACUGUUAGGCCUGGCAGGCCAGCCGAGGCAGCACCAGUUGUGUCGAAGCAGUUAUCUGACACCAUCUUAAGUUCUGGCAUGAUCAACUUGAAGGACUUAUCAUUGGUCAGAGGGAAAGCUUCUUGGAUGGCCUACCUGGACAUAUAUUGUUUAGAUGCUGAUGGUGCUCUUUUUGACGCCGCAUUACUUUCUGCUGUUGCCGCCUUCUCCAAUUUGCAAAUUCCCAUAGUUGCUCUGAAUGAUGAUGGAAGAGUAGUAGUUGUAUCCGAGGAAAAUGAGGGAGGAAAAUUGAAAAAGGAGCCAGUCAACAAAGAGAAGAGGAAGCUCAAGUUGAGCAGCAUUCCAUUCUCCUUAACCUGCAUACUUCACAAGAAUUACAUUCUGGCAGACCCUACAGCAGAAGAAGAGUCCAUCAUGGAAACUCUUGUAACUGUGGUAUUGAAUUUAUCUGGUCAGCUUGUGUCUCUUUACAAGCCGGGUGGGCAAUUUCUUGCCUAUACAUCAGCUAUCCAGGAUUGCAUGGCAUUGACAAGACAAAGAGUGAAGGAACUUAAGAAGAUCUUGGAUGAAGCCAUAUGUGAUAUGGAAAUGGACUAAGUUGUGGGAGACUCCAUCGGCACUAGCAUUUGGUUGUUAGCUGGUCUAUUUUCCUUCAAUUUUGAGUCAAUUUUGGUAGCACUUGUGAAAAGAUUUUUUCUUAUGCAUCUAGAGGACAAUUGAGUGCAUAUCGAUUUUUCUGCCAAGUAAGUGGUGGUUGUUACCAUGUUUCCUUUCGUUAUUGCAUUUUCAGUUAGUUUGAAGCGUGGAGCUUCUGUAUGCAGAUUAAUUGGUAAUUGUGAGAAGUUCUAAAUUGUCUAUGUCACAAAUGCUGUAAAUGAAAGACAAAUUUUGAACAUGUUUACUUUUUUCUAGCAUAAAAUCUUG